GCGGGAACGGUCAUGGACCACACGGUCACCAGCUUGGAGUGGCAGGAUUUCUUCCUGUUGGCCCAUUGCCCUCGCCAGGGCUGCAGCGUGCCCACGCGCUACAUCUGCCUGCUGAACACAGCCAACCUCAGCUGCGAGCACCUCCAGAGGUUGACUUUCAAGCUGUGUCACCUGUACUGGAACUGUUCGGGCACAGUGCGGGUCCCUGCCCCCUGCAAGUACGCCCACAAGCUGGCCUUCCUGGUGAGGCGGGUCCUGCACUGCAAGCCCAACCUCCAGCUCUGCAACAGACUCCUCUUCCUCUAGUUCCAGCUGGGCUCCAGCACCCUGCUGCUGCCGCCCAG